CGGCGGUCGCGGAGAGACGCGAAGAGCCUACGGAGCCGGAUCCCCGGGAGCACCCCAGCUGCGAGGAGUAUUAGCAGGAACAUCCAUAGGAGUGCAGAAAUUUUCACAAUGAAAUCUGAAGCCAAGGAUGGAGAGGAGGAGAGUCUACAAACUGCCUUCAAGAAAUUAAGAGUGGACGCAUCAGGGUCCGUCCUGUCUCUGUCUGUCGGAGAAGGCACAAGUGUCAGAGCAUCAGUCAGAACAGCAACAGAUGACACCAAACCUAAAACCACAUGUGCGUCUAAAGACAGUUGGCACGGGUCUACAAGGAAGUCUUCACGAGGAGCAGUGAGAACCCAGCGUCGUCGACGCUCUAAGUCUCCUGUCCUUCAUCCUCCCAAGUUCAUACAUUGCAGCAAGACAACAUCUCCUCCCAGCAGCCAGCUCAAGCACAGAAGCCAGACUGAGCCACAUGACAGCAGUGGGCUGGGAAUUUCAAGUCCCAAAGAGUUCAACACAGGAGAGACUUCUACUUCUCUUGAUGUUAAUCACACGGGGGCAGGCAUUGAGCCUCUGAGAAGUUCAGUUCCAAGGCUCACACCAGAGAGUAAAACAGAAGAGCCCUCUGAUGCUACUACCCAAGUCUCCCCAGAAAGUCUUAUGGCCAGCAAUCUCUCUGACUUUCGAUCUGUUUCCAAGCUAAGCCAGGGCAAGCCGUGUGUGUGUGUAGACAAGGAGUGCCAGUGCAAGAGAUGGCAUGAUAAGGAAGUGUAUUCCUUUUCAGGUCUGAAGAGUGUCCCUCCUUUGGCCCCAGAACGAAGAUCACUUGAGGACUUACUCCCCAUCACUGCCCACCAGAACUCUGUCUGGCUCCCUUGAUCCUGUUCCGAGCAAGCUCGUGCCUAUGUGGAUGAUGUGACCAUUGAGGACCUAUCAGGCUACAUGGAAUAUUACUUGUAUAUCCCUAAGAAAAUGUCCCACAUGGCAGAGAUGAUGUACGCCUGAUAACGAGAAGCUGAUUCGUAUGCUUUAAACCAAUGAAGGGUUGUCAGAGGCUUAGUUAACAGCAGACCUACCUGGUGGCCACUCUGUGAGAAGACAUCUCUUUCUGCUCACUGUGCUUGCAAUAAAAACUUCUCUUGGCAUCUCAGUUAAUCUUCAUUCUGUCAGUUUACUGAGUUCUUAUGUACCCGUUAAGGCAAGCAGGUCAAAGAAAAUGUCUCCUAAAAAUGUUCUGAGGGCUGAAGAAACCAUAAUGACUGGAGAUUGAUAGCAGUGGGGAGUGUGUAAUUCUUG